CAAUCGUUUUGACUGUAUUGUUACAGUUGGUUGAUAUCUUAAAGUCGAAAUUUGGUCGGAAUGAUUGUAUAUCCUUUUGGAGUUAUCUUCUUGAAGGGCUUAGUUUUGGAUAUACUAGCCCAGAUGUCCUUCAAAAGCGCUUUGCUUGUGUUAAAUGUAUGUUAGAUACAUUACAAACGGUAGAGUUGAGCUACAAACAAACUUAUGAUGUGGUAAUUAGAUUGUGCCAUCACUUAUCCACGUUUCCAUCGAAACAAUUGAUUGAAAUUCUGGAAAUAUGUAUCGAUGGUGUACGGAUGGGAGAUCGUAAAUAUAUAUGCUGGAAAGAUUUACUACCGGAUGUUCUGAAUCUUUUGGCCCAACAUCCGCAGAUAUUUGUAAAUGGUAUACCAAUGAGAGGAAGUGAAUACCGUGCGAACAUAAUAAGUAGCUUGACAUCUUUGCGGUGGCCGAUAGAGAUUCUAACGCCGCUUGCAGAUUUGUUUAAGGGACUAGGAUUAAAAAGUGCUGAAAAGAUUGCAGUACUAAAUAAGUUUGGUGUAAUGCUACAAACUUUGUCUCCUACCGAGCUGCCCGCGUUGGCUUUUCAGUUAUUUUCUAUGUGCUCAACAUGUUCAGAAAUUAUGAUAUUACUUCUCGCUUUCGAAAAAUAUUUUCACCGUUUUUAUUAUAAGAAAUUAUUUGCUGAUAUGCAAAGCAAUUCAACAGACUUUGAUAGCAUAGAUGCCUAUUCCGACAAGGAACUGCGAGAAGCUGAGGAGACCAUUUUACAUCAUUUGAAUUAUUGCACACAGUUUAAAAUAGGCGAAAUACAAAUGGCUGCUGUUCUGCGCGUAAGCUUAUAGAAAAUAAUACUUGUCACUAUAAUAACUCGGUGCAUAUAAACAAAAACCGUUAAAGUCGAAAAAGGGUAAUGUGAGGUAUGAACAAAGAUGUACAAGAGCAGAUAUGCCCAUUUCAAAGCCCAUAAGAGCUGGUCAACUCGGUAAAAGGAAUUAGAAAAAGUUGAAACAUAAACGAGCUGGUUAUUACAGCUUAUUUAUGAAGCAGUCUUUGAUUUGUUAUUGGCCUGGCUAACUUGUUACUUUGUGAAGCACUUAGCAAGUGAUAUCAAACAGGUAGUAGCAUUUAAGCAAAAACAACAUUUGCGUGAAUUUUGUUGUUGCUUCUGGCAUAGAAAGUAUCAAAUGCUGGUCUGAUUUUUUCUUCUAAAUCAAAGCGGGCCAUGUGAGA